GUAUAAACUUAUAUUCCAGAUCUGGAUGAUACUCAUCGUCCCUUCGAAGAUUUGAAACCUAGACAAGCUAAUUCUGGAAAAGUGUAGCGACGCGGAACGGCUACGACCAGCAACUAGCGACGGGCCCGAUGACCACAGACUGACCGGAGGACACAGUCGCACCUGGCGACUACAGCCAGAGCCGGUAACCGCAGACGAACCUGGUGACCAGAGUUGGAUCCGCGACCAGCCGCUACUGUGGCCUAAAGUUGCCGCUGCUGCAGGGCCGAGUGUAGGUCUGACGCCUCCAAGGAUUUCCGGCCAGCGGUUUGAGCUAGUCACCCAGAUUCCGAUCUCUAUUACUGCACUUUCCGGAUUCAUACCAAAUUAGGGGCGAGCAACAUUUUUUCUGUAUAUGGUUCCAAACCUUUUAAGCUGCCCGGAAGCUAAAUCUAUAAAAGUUUACCUAUCAGGUAAAGUUUUAGGCAUACAAAUUUAUAAUAUUAAUGUUAAUUCUACAAAAAUAAAUACAAACUGCAUUUUUCAAAAUUUUCAAUGUCUAACUAAUUGUAAUACAGGUGCUACGUUUGUCUUAUUGAUUCUUGAUGGUUGGAAUGAAUAUAAAUACAUAUAGCGAUGUACAGUUUCAAAGUAUUAGUUAUUAAAUUUUACCAACUAAAAAUUUAGUGUGCUAGCUAUAUGUUUGUAAAAAAAUUCACAAGGCACUCUUUUCAUACUUUUAAUUGUUCACAAGACACUAUUGGAGGUACAAUAGCUUUCAAUUGUUAAAGCGUUCAUAGCUUUCAAUUUUUAAAGCCUUCAAUAUCUAAUGUUGAAUUGGCUAACAGUUAUCCCUCCUGAUUACUUUCAAUAGCAAAAUUUAGAGGUUAGUUACCUCCAAUACAUAUUACAUACGCAUCAUACCCAUUAACAAAUCAAAUAUACAAAAACAAAUUUCAUUCACUAUGGUUCACAGAUUUCUUAAGUUCAUGAGACUAAUUGUAGGCCAUCUUUUCUCCUACUUAGAUUUGUAUGACUUAAGUUCUUGUUUGGAUUAAAAUUUUGCCCGCUUGAUUUUCCAAUGCAUUACACUGGUACACCGUUGGAUGGGACUCAGUUUGAUUCCAGUCGAGAUAGAGGCGCUCCGUUUAAGUUAACUCUUGAUCAAGGAUUAGUAAUUAAAGGAUGGGAUCAUGGUAUAAAAAAAAAAUAUGAAGGGAGAGUCUGCUCUCCCCCUACCAUCCUCACAAUGCGACAUUGCAGUUUGAUGUUGAAUUGCUGUAAUGAUCAAGGGUUAAGGACAUUUGCAAGAAAGGUCAUGAUGCUGAUAGUGAAGAUCAGCCUUUUGAGUUCAAGACUGACGAGGGUGUGCAUCCCAUCGAAGACACAUGAUGAACAUGUUUUCUCAAGUUCUUGAAUGAUUAUGACAAUUGUAGCUUUAGACAAUGUAUUAAUAUGUUUACAUAAGCAAGAAUUGUAUUAUUAUAACUUAUUGUUAUGUACUAAAUUCUUAUUUAAACUUGUUUAAAAUUUGUGCACGAAUAAAAAAGUUGUUUUUGUCAUUGUGCUCGAUUGAUUCAGCAAAGCAGAUGCAAAAUCGUGUUAUA